AUGGAUAAAUGUCCAGAAAAAGCUUCCUUCCUUCGUCUCAUUCUCUUCCUUUCUUCCUUUUCUUCCUCUCUUCCUUCCUUCCUUUUGCUUCCUUUCCUUCCUUCUUUCCUCCUUUCCUUCUCAUUCCCAUCUCCUUUCUUCCUUCCUUCCUUCUCAUUUUCUUCCUUCCUUCCUUUCCUUCCUUCUUUCAUUCUACUUCCUUUCCUUCCUUCUUUCCUCCCAUCUUUCUCAUUCCCAUCUCCUUCCUUCCUUCCUUCUCUUGUCUCUCCCUUCUUUCGUUCUACUUCCUUUUCUUCCUUCUUUCCUUCCUUCCUUCUCAUUCCCAUCUCCUUCGCUCCUUCCUUCCUUCCUCCUUCUCAUUUUCUUCCUUCCUUCCUUUCCUUCUCUCUUCCUUCUUUCAUUCUACUUCCUUUCCUUUCUUUCCUCCCAUCUUCCUCAUUCCCAUCUCCUUCCUUCCUUCCUUUCUUCCUUCUCAUUCUCUUCCUUCCUUUUCUUCUAUCUCUCUUCCUUCUUUCAUUCUACUUCCUUUCCUCCCUUCCUUCUCAUUCCCAUCUCCUUCCUUCCCUUCUAUCCCUCUUCCUUCUUGCGUUCUCCUUCCUUUCCUUCCUUCUUUCCUUCCUUCUCCUCCUUUCCUCCCCACCCAAUGCAGAAGGGGUCACCAAGGAAGAAAAUCUCCUGAAAAGCUACCGCGGCGGCCACCACCAGUGCCUCGCCCAAGCCACCCACUUCCUCCGAGCCAGCCCCGACCUCCGUCCUGCCCAGAAAGCCUUUUGCGUGGACCGCAUCGGUCACUGCAUGGAGCAACUCGCCCCCAGGUCCCAGCCGGAGCUCCCCUGCGGCCCCCUGGCGCCCUCCAACCCCAGAUACGACUCUCAGCCAUGCUACAGCCCCAGCGUCUUCGGUGGGUGCAGCCCGCCUCCGGCUGGACCGGCGUACAUCUGGGCCUCAAAGCCAACCCCCAGCCCCUCCGGCUCUGGACUGCAGGCCUGCCAGCCCAGCCUGGCCCCACCGACGGGGGGCUGCAGCAGAGCCCCCCAGAGCAGACUCUCGGAGAGAUGGGGGCCCACCGGACUGAGAGUGUGGAGACCCUGGCCUUAAAUCCGCGACCCACAUCUUCUGCAAAUACUCUUCGGCGGGUAUCUCAGGAGCUUUGAUGCUGCCAAAGACUCAAGAUUCCUCUCUUGUGUUGUGUUGUGUGUUUGCGUGCGAGUUUGUGUGUGUGAGAGAGUUGUGUUUAUUUUGGGGGUGUUUUUUAUUUGUUUGGGGGUCUUUUCCUGCAUCUCUUGGCACAAAGACUAUUUUGAAAAUCGUCUCCCUUUUGGGCAUCUUCUGCUUGGCCUCACCGGCUUCAACCAAGACCCGUUGCGUGGCACCCUGAAAAAUGUCUUAUGAUGCGGGGAGAGAAAAAAAAAAUUCAUAUUUUUGCCUCUUGCAGUUCUGCCUUUUACCAGGCACGUCUGAAUCGUUCUUGGGUUUCAAAUAAAUCAGAUGAAAACAAA